CCAUUUACAACCUGAAAGCAGAAGUUGUUCAUAAUCUGAACGAGUUACGACUUUUAGACGAACAGUGUGAAAAGUUACGUGCGAUUUGCAACGAAUGUCAGGACAAAUACUUCGCCUGUGUGGAUUCUGAUCACAUAGAUGAAAACGACAGAGGUCCUAGUUAUUGGAAAAAUAUGGCAGAG